CAAGCGGAGUUAGAGGGAAAACUAAAAUUGUCAUCACUUCUGUCCCAACUUCCGAGACGAACGAUCUAACAGUGGAAUUGAGGUGAACUCUACAACGCGAAGUUGUAGAAGAAUUGACGAAAUAUAAAGAACUAUUUGUGUCAUAAAUGUGUUUGAAUAUUUUUUUUAAAUAUCCCGCACUUGAGCCGAGUGGUUAGCGCUGCAUGGGGAACUAGUCGCCCCUUUAAACGAAAAUACCUAGACGGAAAACUACCCAACUCAGCUCAAUACCACCGAACCGACGCUUGUGCGUGUGAAUUCCUCGUGAAGUGGGUGUCGUUGCCGUCAUUUACCCAUUGGUGACUUUGAAACUUUUGAGGUUAUAGGUUUUUUCGUCAACGACGGAGUGCAGCACAUUGAUAACUACUCAAUGAUCGAUUGUUUGUAGAAUCAGUGGAAAAUCAGUGGUGAUGCCAUUAAACUCGUGAUUCGGGGGUUAUUGUCGUGAUUAUGAAUCUUUGCGAACAGUAAUUUGCACAAGUGCUGGGUGAGGAAGGGAAAAUACGGAAAAAUACGUCGAUAAUGUCGGCUACGAGUAAUCGUAUGAUAAUGUGGCAACAUCGGAUGGCCGAUAUGGCUGUUUGACGAAUAAUUUUGAGGAGAAUUUAAUUAUUUUUGAUCCGUAAUUCGUUGUGUUGCGAGUACAGUUGGGAAAAUUCAUUCAUCAUGGUCAAGGAGAAGCCCAACUCCAUCAGGAUCUACGACUCGGAGGGGUACAGACGGAGGGCAGCGUGUAUUUGCGUCAAAAACGACCUCGAGGAUGAGGUGCUGCUGGUGACAUCGAGCAGACGGCCUGACAGCUGGAUCGUACCUGGUGGGGGGGUCGAACCGGAGGAAGAUCCAGCUGUUACGGCGCUCAGAGAGGUCAGGGAAGAGGCUGGGGUGCUUGGGCAGCUUGGACGGUGCCUGGGGAUCUUCGAGAAUAUUGAACACAAGCAUCGAACGCAAGUCUGGGUGAUGCGAGUGACCGAGGAGCUGCCAGAGUGGGAGGACUCCCGUUCAAUCGGCCGCAAGAGAAAAUGGUUCACAAUAUCCGAGGCCCUGGUCCAGCUGGCCCAACACAAGCCCGUCCAACGCUCCUAUCUCCACAGCCUGCGUAACACCAAUCCCCGGAGGGUUGCAUCAACUCCCACCCCCUCCCUCCAUUCCCAUCAAAUACCGACUCCAAUUCAACUCGUGACAAAUUCAAACUCCGAUCCACACUUCAGUAAAAACAGCUAAUGUCAAAUGAAAUCAACUAAAACAUUACUUUCUGAAUUUUUAAUAACGAGAUGAUAACACGAUUGUAAUAUCCAUUUUUUGUAUUGCCUCGAUGUUGCAGUGACAACGAUAAUCCACUCAUCAUUUGUACUUUAUACAUAUACGAAGAAAUUGUAACAAUUCUGUAAGCUAUUUAAUUAACGAAAUUAUGAGCAUGUGCUAGCUAGCUGAAUGAAUGAUGUGAACGAAAUAAUGUGUUUACUGCGUAUUGGGUUUAUCACGAAUUAGGACUGUCAUUACUUAAAUAAAAAAUAGUUUAUAUGCUAA